AGGUGGAACCUCUCAACGUCAUGAUGAUGGCGGACUGAAUGGAAUACCCGGUUUGGCCGUGAUGUUCUCAUCUUCUAAAUGUUAUUUAAAAUCCUCUCUCUCAUUUUUAUUCCUCAAUCAAAUACAACUUUACCUCUGCUAUAUCGUGUGUUAUACUAGAAAGCCAAGCUCAAGACAUCCGAACUACUUCCUACGUCAAAUCUAUAUCUAUCCCACUCAAUAAAAACGAAAAUGUCCGCUCCUAACCCCGGCCGCCAAUCCCCCGAACCCGAGCGCCAGAGCGGUGCCCAGCAACGGGACCCCGUCUCGGCAGGGAAGACCCUCCCUGAAUUCCGUGGCGAGCCUCGUCACUCGCAGGCCGAGUCUGAGGAGACCAAGAACACGAAGCUUGAGAGCAACCCCGUACACCGGUUGGAAGAAAUCGAGGCGAAGAAGUAUCAGAAAUAACGUCUGGCAUAUAAUGGUGUUUGGUUUGGGUUUAUGAUGUCUUUCUAUUUCAUGGUCAUGUAUGAAUUGUUUGGAGUUUGGUAGUGGUGUAUCAACAUUUAAUUGAAGUUAUAC